AUGGUCGAGAAGCUCGUUGCGAAGCGCACUGCGACACGUAAAAAGGGACUAGCGAAGGGCAAGGGUGAUGACGUGAACAACGAACGUCCCGAUACCCCCCAACCCCGGCGCAAAAGCUUCAGUGAUAUUGGACAAUCCGGAUUAUCCAUCGACGGUCCUUUCACUCAAAUCCGAGCGAGGUCCGUGCCCGCAGAGACGCCGAUGCUGAUCCACGAAGUCAGCAAUUCCAGGCCCAUGCGUCGCAAGAAUGCUGUCAAAGUUGAUAUCAUCUGCGCUGGCUGCGAAACUACACGAGCGACGAGCUCCCAUGGCGAACUCGACGAAUGGAUCUCCUGCAACGGCUGCAAGAACUGGUUCCACAUCGACUGCGCAGGCUUUAAGAAAGCCCACGAAGUACGAGACGUGGACAAGUAUUUCUGCGCCACUUGCGAGCCGGAGCAUGGGAAAACAACAUUUGUCCGGAAGAGCGCCCGCGCCCACACUUCAGUGGAUUAUGCGGAGUUACAACGAGGCGUGCUGAAGACGAGCGAGGAGAGUGCGGAGCACCAUUACAUCCAACCCAUCAAAGACGGCACUUUCGUGUUUGACGAAGAAACAUUUCCAAGAAUGCGGCCCGAAAUGGUGACCAAGGAGUUCUUUGAGAGGAGCAGCACGUUCGUUGAGCCGAUCUGCAUUCCUGCUGAGUGGAAUCCGCGGCCUUGGGAAAAAAGAAGGGCGGAGACUUUUGGACCUGGUGUUGACGGUACCGCAUCCGCAUCUGACGACAUCUUGGCAGAGCUCAAUGCGGAAGAAUUCGAGUACGACGCCAUCCCGGACCUGGGCCAGGAUGGUCUCGACAUGAUCAUGCCGGAAGGUCUGACAGUGCGCCAAGUCUGCGGUCUCGUUGGUCCCGAAACGCCGAUCGACGUGAUUGAUGUCAAGACGCAGAACACCGGUGCCAAAUGGAAUCUGAGCCGCUGGGCAGAUUACUACGAUGAAGUCGGCGAAGAAAAAGCGAUUCGCAACGUCAUCAGCCUGGAAGUGUCCCAGACAAAACUUGGGCGUCUCCUGCAACGGCCGAAGCUUGUGCGAGACAUCGAUCUGCAGGAUGAUGUUUGGCCUCAAGAAGAAAUCGACAAAGGCAAAUUCCCCAAGGUCCAAUUCUACUGCCUCAUGUCUGUUGCGGACAGCUACACCGAUUUCCACAUCGACUUCGGAGGAAGCAGCGUGUACUACCACAUCCUCAAGGGCAAGAAGACGUUCUUCUUCAUCCCACCGAAAGCGAAACAUCUCAAGGCGUACGAGGAAUGGAACGACAGUCCACAGCAGAAUUUCACCUUCCUGCCCAGCAUCACAAAUGAAUGCUACAGGGUGGAUUUGAGUGAAGGAGAUACCAUGCUCAUUCCGUCUGGCUGGAUCCACGCAGUCUGGACACCCGAGGACAGUCUAGUAAUUGGCGGCAACUUCCUCAACAGGAUGUCGUACAAAAAUCAGUUCAAGGUGGUUGAAAUUGAGAAGGCCAACGAAACGCCACUGAAGUUCCGCUACCCACACUUUCAGAAGAUCAUGUGGUAUACAGCCAUCAAGUACCUUCGAGAGGAUCCACUACCAGAAGCUGUGAGCCAGCUGUUCUACGAAGGCAAGCGAUUCGAGAGAGAGGUUCCCGUGUGGGCGGACUUUGACGGCGAGAUCGCAAACAAUGACAUGCGGCCAGGUGCGGACAACGCUCGGUUUUACAGUCAAGCUGAGGUCGAAGGUCUGCCAGACCUUGUCAACUUCAUCUUCCGCACCGUCAUGCUCGUCAUGGGACGCGUAGAGGGCAUCUCUGCCGAUCGCAUGAAGAGAGUGAACAUCUCCAUUCCAAAAGGUCACGGCGAGCCGCUCGAGCUGGCAAAGACCUUUGCUCUCUGGGUUGCGUGGAAGCGGGGGAAUGAGGAUCCGCCUGCCUGGGCUCAUCCCGAUGCUGUCCUGCCUAGUUCUAAGGAAGAAGGCCCACCCAAGAAACUGUCUGAGAGGAAGUUGAAAGAGCUGGAGCGAAAGGAGGCAAUCGCUGCGUGGCGAGUGGCUCCCGAUCGACAGAGUGCGCGGGUCAUGACGAAGGAGGCCAAGAAAGAUGCUGAAGUCGAUGCCGAUGCUAUGCAAGGCGUUGUCAAGCACGAGAGCUCGUCGCCAGCUUCUGCGGCUCACGUGAACCAACAACCGCCACUCGCACAAUACCAGAAUGUGGCGUACGCUAUGCCACAGCAGCUCGACCAAAUGGUGCCCGGGCUCCCAGGUCAUCAUCUUAGCACGCCGAAGACCUCGGUUCUCGGACCUAAGCGCGUGGCCUGUGAUGCGUGCCGAAAGCGACGUAUCCGGUGUAAGCAUAAGGAUCAAGUCCAGCAAACCACCCCGAGCCAGAGCAGCCCUCCCACAGGUGGUAGCGUUGCCUUUCGAGCUCAGCUGGCAUCGGAGCUGCAUGAGGAUAUCGUGGUCACGCCUGCCAACAUCCCCAUGACCAUGAACGGGGUGCCCAUUUUUGGAGAAGUGCCAAAGCGCGGCAGAAGCAAGGCUUGUGCCGAGUGUCGCAAGUCGAAGCGGCGAUGUAUUCACGACGAGAGCGGGAACGUCGAUCCGGUCAAGGCGGCUGAGAACCCGGUUCCAAGGGGCACCGUUUCGGUGAAGAAGGCUGACGUUCCUCCGGAGGAAGGCGGAUCG